AUGACAAGGCUAAGGGUACUACCUUGGCAUGUAUUCCUCGGUUUAUACACUUAUGGUCUGGCUGUGGCAACUGCCGAGACAGGGCUUCUUGAAAAGUUGACAUUCUUACAAGCCAGAGUGAUGGCGAAAAGGGGUCCAGGAGAACACAAGGCGGCGGCGGUGUCCGGCUGCCGAUCUCGGAUGGCAAAGGCGCAACCGGUAUCUAGGGUUCGAUUGCACCGAAUGCGUCCGGCAAUUACUGCUGGACGCGCGCACCGCGUGCGUUUUGUCCGUCCGACUGCUGGUAGACCUGCGCUACGAGCCACCGAUGAAGAGGUUGCCGAGAUGUUAGGUUCUGGACCCCGACACACGAGUAGUCGGUGUGUAAAUGCUUCCGUUCGUCGUGCUAGAGAUGUGGAGUUGAUACAGCAGGCUUGCAUGAGACAGACUGGUCGCACGGACCAGGUUGGCAGUUUGAGAGUCCCCGCUCCGGUUCAGCAGCACCGUUUAUUGGUGGCUGACGGUUCGGUACCGACUGGUCAGCAGGUUUAUGAGUCGACAUCUUCGACUGAGGCUGAGGACGAUGACUAUGACUCUCCUCCCCCACAGGUUUCUGCACGCCGUGUUCUCCACGACAGGCUAGGGGUACUAGCAAACGAUCUAGGAGCGAGGAUGCCUGGAUCGUUAGAGCCCUAG